AUGGACGCCUCCCUUCCGGCGCUGGGCCCUUCCAGACCUUCGCCGGCGCCCCGCCGCCCUCCCCAGGCCGGCCCCCCCGUCGGAAUCCGGCCCCAAUCAGCUCUCCCCUCCCCUUCCCAGCAGCCGCGCCGAGGCGCGACAGCCGCGGGGCGCCCGGGGCGAAGCCACCCUGCCCGCAGGGCCGCUCGCCGGGAUGCCGCCCCGGGAGCCGCACCCGUGGAAACGGAUGCCGAGCGGAUCCCUAUCAGCGACAUCGCGGGGGUGUCCCUGCGGGGGACCAGCCGGCGAGUGAAUGAAGACCGGUUCGACUACCGCGUGUGGACGGCGGAGCCGGCCGCGCUCAUAGGCUGCUGGGACGGGCACGGCGGUGUGGCCGUUUCCGAGUGGCUCGCCGACAAGUUCGAGGGGUACAUCGAUAAGUUCUGGGGGCAGUUCCCGCCCGAGGCCGCCGUGGCGAAGGCCUACCAGGCCGCCGACAGGAAGCUGCUGGCGCCUCCAAGCGGCUUCUUCGCCGGAAUGGGCGAGCGGGGAGUGGGCGGCUCCAAGUGCGGCUCGACGGGGGUCACCGCGGCGAUCUAUUACACGCCCGACGGGGGCGCGAGGCUGCUGGCCGCGAACGCCGGAGACUCCCGCGUGGUGCUGGUGCAGGGCGGCACGGCGCGACAGCUCACCACGGACCACGUGCCCGACAAGGAGGGGGAGCGCAAGCGCAUAGAAUCCACCAACCCCAACCCGAACAUGCCGCUGGUGCGCUUCGUGGGGGACACCUGGCGCGUGGGCGGCGUGCUGGCCCUGUCCAGGGCCUUCGGGGACGCCUACCUGAAGGGCAGCCUGCAGUUCGAGGGGAUCCCCGCCGGCGAUGACAAUUACUCCUCCGGGUUCGGCCUGCUGGCCGAGCCGGACGUGAGCGUGACGGAGCUGAAGGGCAAGGGGGAGGGCUGGCUGGUGGUGCACACGGACGGCCUGAACGACACGUCCAGCCGGGGGGGCGGGGGGGGCCUGUCCAACGACCAGAUAGCGGCCGCCUGCGGGGAGGUGGGGCCGCAGGGCGCCGAGGCCCUGGCGCGGGCGCUGGCGGAGUCAGCCCAGGCGCAGGGAAGCACGGACGAUGUCACGGUGGUCUGCGCACGGCUGGACCUGUGA